AUGGCCGCCAGCGAGCCUGACUUGGCGAGCCCUGUGGGCAGCGCCGAGUUCAUGGCCCCGGAAGUGGUCGACGCUUUCGUCGGUGAAGCACUGAAAUACGACAAAAAGUGCGACAUGUGGAGUCUGGGCGUCAUCCUCUAUAUUAUGCUCUGCGGGUAUCCACCAUUCUACGGCGAUUGCUCGGCCCAGGAUUGCGGAUGGGACAUGGGCGCUCAAUGCGAAGAGUGCCAGAACAACCUCUUCCAACGCAUCCAAGACGGGUACUUCGAGUUCCCGGAUGAGGAGUGGAGCAACAUCUCCGAGGAUGCCAUGGAUCUCAUUGGGCAUCUCCUCGUCCGCGACACCAAGUUGCGGUACACGGCUGACGACGUCCUGGCGCAUCCGUGGAUGACGGGCGGUGCUCCGACCACCGAGCUGCUCACCCCGGGCAACCUGAUCCGGAACGACUCGACCAGGGACGUCCACCAGAUCCGCGAGACGUUCCAGGCGAUGAACCGCAUCUACUCGGGCCGGAUGAGCCUCAAUCGAGAGGCAUCGCAAUCAGCCCUCCCGACCCCGGGUCCGGGCGAUCUGCCUCCAAUGCCACUGCUGAAGAUUGAGGAGAUCUGGGACGAGAAGACGUCGCAGGGAUCCCCCACCAAACCCCCGCCAACCUGGGCCGAAGAGGUGGAGAAUGACGAGAUGAUGUUCCCCGUCUUUGGCAUUGGCCUCGAGAAUGAUGCCGCCGUCCAGCAGUACUCCUCCAACUACUAUAAUUACGACACCACGGAGGAGCCGUCCAGCUUCAAGCCGAGCUCGGCCAAGAGCCUCACCGCCAUCGAGACGUGCCAGUCGGCCCUCGCCCGCCAGGACUCCGCUACGGACACGCGCCGCGAGCAGAAAGUCGACGCC